AUCGCUAGAAGGAAAAUUCGUCUUCCUUAUGAAAAAAUGUCUGUCGAGUGGCUUCACUUUGUUUUCAUUGUUCUAAAUAUGAAUGUGCAUGUUCUUGGUACACCUGAAAAACGAGGAACUAAUUGCUCAUGUGUGAACUUCACUUGGGAAACAUUCAAUUUCAGUUUUCUUCCUGAAGGUGAAAAGAAUUGGAAAGAGCGCAUCUGCCGUCACAUAACUAAGGGUCUUGAAGCCGAAAAUGUGUCACUACUUACAGAGAAUGCCACUUGCAAGUGGGCGAUAAAUGUUUCGUUUCCUGUGAUCGGUACUUGUCCCAACUUGACAUUGAAAGAACUUCCCCAUCCCGUUCUGGUUAAGAAACAAAUUUCCUCAAACACAGCGAAAGACGUUUUAACUGCUCUCAGUCAGACAUGGAAACUACUUACCUUUUGCCUUCUGGUUGCUGUCCUGUCAGGAAUAAUUGUUUGGUUUUUGGUAUGUUUGCAAAAAAUUCUUCUACUCUUAUACCUCUCGAUCUUUUUAAAAACCAAGAGUAAUAUGAUAUUAUUCAAUAGUUAAAUAAAAGGAUACAAUUUAAUUGCCGGAGGAGAGCGAUCACUCGGCCUUACUACAUGUUUAUUUAUCUAUUCAUUUGUACAAAACGCUUAAUUAGUAACUUUUUAGCGUAUAAAUUUGCAAGUACUAAAUUUAGUCAUAUAACACUUUAUGUUGUUAAAUUUACGGGUUCCACGGUUUUUUGCUCAGUUAAGGCGAAGAAACUGAAAAUUAAAAAACAUAAAAACUGUGCACUCAGGUAAUUCUUUACCGUAUUUAAUAGCAACAUCUGAGGGUGUUACUGUAGAAGCAAUCCAUCGCAAAAUAUAAACCUUAAAAAUUUUCAGCCAGAUAACGAUUAAGGUUUUUUAUUCAUUAUAGGAUCACAAAACAAACUCCGGACACUUCCCAAAGUCGUUUAAGCACGGAAUGCAAGAAGGCUUAUGGUGGGCCAUUGUUACCAUGACAACCACAGGGUAGGGACAUACUAUACUUAACAGUUAAUGUGCACACCUGCGAAUGGAGUUGACAGUAGCGUUUAGCGAAUACGCACGGCAUUAAUUUUGAACAACAACAACAACAUAAACAACUUUCAAUUCUUUCUUUAUAAGAAAGUUUACAUAAGGCUAGGCGGUAUAUUAUAAUUGGCUUUCGCUCAAUUGCCAUUAUUUGAAAGGUUCCCAAUCUAGAUUAUAUUAUCACAGAGCCUUCCUGGUAUCCUCCAGUUAGCUAUUAAGGAGUACAAGAUACGGUCACUGUGGACUACCAUGGCUCUUGGGACUAUAGACUAUAGUAAUACACGGCGGAGACCUGGUUCGAGAUUUACUGCGCAUGCUCGUUAGCACAUGGGUCUCGUGGUCCGUCGUCUGGUCGCACGCUACGGGAGAGUAGUCGAGGAGAUUCGCGUAGUGAGGACCAUGUAAGUAUAUUUUUCAACCGAUUUUCAACCUUUUAAACGUUGCUUUUAUGUUGAACAGUCUUUAGGCAAUUAAACUUGAGCGGAAAAGAGGUAAAAAGCGCAUUUGUUUGCCUGUUUCUGGUUCUGAUCACUGACGCCCUUCGAAUUCUGUUUUACUGCAACAGUGUGUUUACAGCAGAUCAGGAUGUCAACAGGAGAUAAAAGCAGGUAGUUCACUAUUCGUUAUUCAACCACCGAGUGAAAUUCUUGUGAAACAGUGUAGAGCAAACAACAGCAACACGCGGGAACGUAGAAAGUAAUUUUGCAAUUGUGUCUAAAUCAAAAUGAGUGUUUCAAACGGACAGAGAGACCGAAGAAACAAAAUUAGAAGUGGCUCACAAAGAUGAUCUUGCUAUUGAGGAUUCUAAUCAUGGAGAUAUUGACGAUAAAGAUUUGAAGGGAUUGCCUGUUGAUGGUGUAGAGGAUCGUGCUUCACGUUUACAUCUGAAGUCAGCUUCCAACACUCAUACUGCUGUUGAUGAUAAACGUUGCGUUGGUUAAGAAUCCUCAACCGUUCUAGAAGUUGAAGAAGGCGAUGACAAUAGAGAAAUUAAGCCAAAUGUAAAACUGGAGACAAGAAAACCUCGAGGUGAAAAUACGAUGCGCACUCCGCCUGCCACAGUGAACCCAGGUGAGCCACAAGUCAAGCUAGAUCAAUUUUUUGAGAAAAUGCUUUCAGUGUUCACCAAAAUUGUCAAACCAAGUGCGCCAAAAUUUAGCGAAGAUCCACUCGAGUACUCGAGGCUUAAUACAGCACUUAAAGUGGAAGUUGACAAAAAAGAGGUUAAAUACGCUACAGAGAAGCGUAAAUCUCUGUUAGAUGUUCAGGAAGAAAGUGCAAAGUCCUGUUUGGUAAAAUUCAUGCCAGGUUCUGAUAAAUAUAAGAAGACAUGGGCAUUGGUCGCGUGGACACUGUUGUGUCCGCAGCUAAAAGGCGUGUAGAUCAAUUCCCAAUCAUAGUGAAAGAAAAUAGUUAGCAGAUGAGGCAUUAUCAAGAAAUGGUGUCGGAGUUAAUGGGCGUGUAUAGGGAACACAACUUUGUUCAUGAAUUAAAUUCGCAGAUAUCUGAAGCAAACGUUGCUAAGGUUCCUGUUCGUCUUUGCGGUAGAUGGGCUAAGUCUGUGGAAGGAAAAUCGAAACGGUCUACCUGGGAGUCGUUUGCGAAUUGGCUAGAAAAAGAAGCGAAAAUAUACGAGUCAAAGCAGAGGUGGAUGCUGGAGAAGCCAGAACGGAAAAGGUUUGAUUCGACUAGGGGUGAUUUACCUAAAAGUGGUUCACGUAGGUCUGCUGGCAAUCCGGGGCCAGGCCUUUUUGCGGGAACAACACAAGAGGCUCUCUCAGGUGAUGAAAAAUUGACAAAGAAGUGUCCAGUUCAUAACUCGACAAGUCAUAAGUUACAGGAGUGUAAGAAGUUUAAGGAACUGCCCACUCUUAAGAAAGAGAAACUCGUUGAGGAACAUAAACUUUGCCUGUCUUUUCUGUUACCAGGCCAUCGGCUGAACAAAUGCAAUACUAAGAAUGGAUGCAAAGGUGAGGGCUUUGCAUGCGUCACCAUACUCUAGUUCAUGAGGUUGACUUGAACAUUAUUGAACGAUCAAGAGCGAGAAAAGCAGAACAACUGGCAGUUAGUGAAGGAGCCCAGAAAUCUUUUGCUCCGGAGGGUGAUAACAAACCUCUAAAUCCGUCAGAGAAAUCGUGGGAGCAGUUUCAUCACUCGGUGAGUUUAGGCUGAGAGGUUGGCAGUCGUGCGUUGGUUAAGGUGCUGCCUGUAGUUCUGUUCUCAUAGAAAGGCGAGCAACAAGUUAUGGUGUUACGUGACUCAGGAUGUAACACAACACUUAUGGAAUGAAGAAUUGGUUCAGUCACUUGGUCUUAAGGUGUUAAUGCAGAGAAGGCGUUGACCUCGCGACACAUAAAGAACUGCCGUAUUGCUAGAGUUGGAAGAGAAGGGGUGAAGUACGUUGAGAGAUGUGAAAAAGUUUCCUAACCUACGUGGUCCGGAUCAGAAGAUAAAGUGGUCGGCAAUUAAACAGAACUUUAGCCACCUGAAAGACUUGGACUUGAAGGACACGGACACGGGUCCAGUGCGACUGAUAAUAGGAAGCAACAACUCAGAUUUGAUUCUACCAAUGCAGAUUGUGAAACCUUCAGGAUAGUCACAUGCUGACAAAGUACCAUACGCAGGCAAGACACCUCUCGGUUGGGCAGUCACUAACUGGUUACCCGGUGAACAAAAAGUGGCAUCACCGUACAAUGCGUUUAAAGUGUAUGAAACAAGUGCAGGAGAAGAAGAGGAGUUGCAGCGGUUGUUACUGCUCAGUCGGAGGUAGUAGAGCCAUCAGGUGUGGUGAGGCUAGCAGAACCUGUGAGUUCAGUUGAGGACAGACGCGCGUUAGCAGUAAUGGAGCAGACGACUAAGAAAUUGGAGAGUGAAGACGCUUAUGUGUCAGGGCUGCUUUGGCGCGAAGAAGACCCAUCGCUUCCUUAUAACUAUGAUAUGGCUGCGCGAAGGCUUGAGUCGUUAGAGAAGAAGUUUAAAAAUAAUCCCGAAGUCAAUCCAGGAUGACAUUGAGAAGGGUUACGUGAGAAAACUAAAUAAAGAGAAAGUAUCGCUGACAGCAAAGUGAAUUGGUAGUUACCGCUCCGUUUCGUCACUCCCAAGAAACCUGAUCGUCUCAGGAGAGUGUAUGAUGCAUCAGCGAAAUUCAGGUGUCAAAGGCUAAAUGAUAAAAUGUACAGAGGACCAGACUACUUGUCGUCGUUGUUUGGUGUUUUGCUUAGAUUUUGCGAACUGAAGGAAGAAUAGCGUUAGCGGCAGACGUGAGAGAAAUGUACCACAUGUUGCGUUUACCUGAGAUUGAUCAGCCAGCCAUGAGGUUCCUUUGGAGGGAAUCGCCGAACGAAGAACAAAGUGGUUAUAAGUUUGAGAGAACAGUUUUUGGAAAAGUGUCGGCCCCAUCUCGGCCUAACUAAACGAUGAGGCGUAAUGCAGAGGUUCCUUUGGAGGUUCCUUUACAGGGAAUCGCCGAACGAAGAACCAAGUGGUUAUCAGUUUGAUAGAACAGUUUAGGAGAAGUGUCGGCGCCAUCUAGGGCUAACUACACGAUGAGGCGUAAUGCAGAUGAGAACAGGGUAGAUCUGCCCCUCGGCGUCAAGGCUGUUUACAAGCAUUUUGACAUGGAUGACGAUCUACCGUCUACUGACUUGCGAGAAGCUAUUGAAAUGCGGAAGCAGAUGACAGAGUUAUUGCGCCGUGAAAGUUUCAAAUUACACAAGUGGCUAACAAUCUUAAGCGAAGCGUUCUCUGUUUGGGACCCUCGAGUACUUCUCCUCCCGUUUUCAAUCAGAAGCAAGAUUAUCCUUCAAAAUCUGAAUCGCUCAUAGUAUGGGUGGGAUGAUGGGUUGAAAGACGCUGAUCUUCGUGGGUGGUGCGAAUGGUUUAAAGAACCAGAGCUGCUUGAAACUGUGCAAAUUCUGAGGACACUAUUCAGCCGAAACGAGCUAUUUCGAGAAACUAUCCUGAAUGUGUUUUUUGACGCGAGCCGAGAUGCUUACGGAGCGAGUGCGCACCGUAGACGAGAGUUUGAAGAUAAUGUAGUUGAAUGCAGACUAGUCGCUGGGAAUGGUCGAGUUGUGCCACUAAGGGCACGUAAAUCCGUAAGUUAUCUAUCUUGUCGAAAACAAUUUGUGCAAUAUAAUGGUUACAACUCUUCAUCAUUAGAUAUCACUUGCGGAGUCCCUCAGGGAUCUAUCUUAGGUCCCCUGUUAUUCUUAGUAUAUAUAAAUGAUCUAUGUAAUGUGUCAAAGGUCUUAGAGCUGAUACUAUUUGCUGAUGACACUAAUAUCUUCUAUUCGCAUACUGAUGCUUCCUAUCUUAUGGAAGUUGUAAAUUUAGAAUUGAAAAAGAUAACGUGUUGGUUUUAUACAAAUAAGCUAUCUAUUAAUGUUAAGAAAUCUAAUUUUAUCAUAUUCAGACCGAGACAAAACAGGCAAACACUUGAUUUAGCUUUUAAUAUUAGUAAUUAUUCGAUUGACCGUGUUAAGGAAGCUACUUUUCUUGGUGUAAUUUUGGAUGAACAUUUAACAUGGAAAUCACAUAUACAUAAUGUUGCUAGGAAAGUGUCUAAAGCCAUAGGUAUAAUUUAUAAAUCAAGUUUUUGCCUUAAUAAUUCCUCCUUACGGAUGCUUUAUUUUAGCCUUAUCUACCCAUACUUAUUCUACUGCGUGAGCGUCUGGGCAUCGACCUACCCAUCAAACCUCAGAAGAUUAAUCACACUUCAAAAACGGGUCGUAAGAAUAAUGUCGAGGAGUGCUUUCGAUGCUCACACUGACCCCUUAUUUAAAAAUUUAAAAAUUCUGAAUCUUGAGAGUAUCUACAAACUUCAAAUAGGAAAAUUUAUGUAUCAAUACAGAUCUGGCUUACUUCCUUAUAGCUUCAAUAACAUGUUUCUGGUGACACGCCAGGUGCAUUCUUAUGGCACUAGAAGUUCGGAGCAUUUUUAUUUACCACAAUGCAGGACUAAUAUAAGAAAGUUCUCCAUCAGUUUCCAAGGUCCUAAAUUUUUUAACUCUCUUAGUUUUGAAAUUCGAAAUGCAACAAGUACCGCUUCCUUUUGCUGUAAGCUGAAAGCAUUCCUCUUAUCAUAAAAAGUAAUUUAUAUAUAUAUAUAUAUAUAUAUAUAUAUGUAUUUUUUUUCUUCCUUUGCUCUUUUAUUUGCUCUUGUUUUGUUUUGUUUUGUUUUUUUUCUUUUUGUCAUUUCGCUUUUUUCAGCCUAGAACUAUGAUUAGUACGACUAUCUAAUAUACUUAUUUUAAGAUUUACUGUAGCUCUGCCAUUGAUUUUCCCGUGUGUAAUUAUGAUAAUAUUUUGUUCUAAUUAUCUGACUGAGGGAGCCCAUUCCUUAUAAGCCCGGUGGCUUCUCUUGGGCUUCCUCGCCAUGAGAGUUAAGGUAAUUAGAUUUUAUUUGAUUUGUAUAAUUUUUGGCAAACAAAACAAUAAACAAUAAACAGUAGACUUGAAGUAAUGGGAGCUCUUAUUGCUGCCCGUUUAGCUGAAACACUGGCAGCGCUAGCACAGUUAAUGACAAAGAUAGAGAAGAUAACCUUCUGGAGUGAUUCUACCACCGUUCUUCACAGGCGUUCGUGGGAAAUCGAGUAUCCGAGACACACACAAUCAUGAGCAACCUAGAGACUACACUAGGGGCGGGUACGGUGAGUUGGAGAUACACGCCGACAUUUGAUAAUCCGGCAAAUGAUAUUACCCGGGAACUCCACCCUGUAGGACUAUACGUGAAGCAUCCCUACAGCGCUUGGUUGGAGUUCCUUUACAAAGCAGCCGAGUUCUGGCCAGAAAACAAAGUUGAAGUGCACCUGGAAGAAGACAAGAGAGAAACGAAAACGCUAAGAUGGGUCGGAGUUUCCCAGGAAAUUGAGCCUGUGUUGGGUUGGAAAAGAUAUUCGUCCCUCGCGAAACUAACAAGAGUGCUGGCGUACGAGGUGCGAUUUGCAAGGAAUAGACGAGUAAAGAAGGAACUGCGUCAGACGGGGCCAGUGACAGCAACAGACUUAAGAGCUGCUCAGAACCAGCCAGUGAAGGGAGCGCAAGUAGAGUCUUUUGGCGAGGAGAUAAGGUACCUGGAAAAUGGUCAGGGGGUUCAUAAGCGGAGAAGAAUCAAGUCUCUUGAUCCGAGAAUGGAGGGUGGAUUUCUAGUAGUCGGUGGAAGGUUGCAAAAGGAACAAGCCCUCCCUUGCAAGACACGACAUCCGAAGAUAAUUGACUCACAUCAUGAGCUUGCGCAGCUGAUCAUUGAGGACAUUCAUUGUACCUACCACAGUCCACCAACCGAAAAUUUGGUGAAUCAAAUUAGACAGGACUAUUGGAUCAUCCAUUGUCGUUAAGCUGUGAGGAGCGUGAAAUUUAAGUGCAAUUACUGUUAUCGUCAGACAGUUAGACCUCAGGAGCAGCAAAUGGGAAACCUACCUGAGUGUAGACGUGAACCUGGAAUGGUAUUCAGGAACACUGGGGUUGAUUUUUUUUGGUCCUGUGAUAAUUAAGAAGAGACGCAGUGAAGUUUAAGUGUACGGUUGUUUGUUUGUUUGCAUGGUUAAACUAGAGCUUGCCAUCUUGAACUGGUGGACGAUCUAUCAACGGAUUAUUUCAUUAUGGCUUUGAAAAGGUUCAUUGCGAAUAUACAGCGAUAAUGGAACUAAGUUUGUAGGUGCCAAUAAUGCGCUGUUGAAAUUUCUAAGACAACUGAAUGAAGAGAAAGUACAAAACUUUUGUGAACCAAAGGAGAUUGAGUAGAAUUUCCAACCACCAAGGGCACCCCACUUCGGUGGCGCGUGGGAGAGGUUAGUGCAGUGUGCAAAGAAAACCUUGAAGUCUGUGCUGCAAAACAGGAUCGUUGCUAAAGAAGCUUUUAGAACAGCUCUGGUCGAAGCAGAUGGUGUACUAAACAGUCGCCCCAUCACGCAUGUCUCAAACGAUGCGGGUGAUAUAGAAGCGCUGAAGCCAAAUCAUUUUCUGCUUCUGCGAGCAAAUUCGAGUAAUGAAGAGGCUGAAGUUAGUGAGAGAGAGAUAAACGUAACGAAAUUAAGGCGACAGUCUCAAGCGCUUGUCAACACUUCUUUUGGAAGCGCUUAAACAAGGAGCAUAUGCCUAGUGUUACAGAGAGGAAGAAGUGGAGAGAGAAGAGAAAGAAUCUGAAGGAAGGAGGCGUAGUGCUUGUUGAAGAACCGAACCAGCCACGAGGAAUGUGGCCUUCGGGUAGGAUUGUGUCUACUCCGGCCUGUAUGGGAUGGGAUGGUCCGAGCAGUCACGGUGCGUAGUCAAUACGGAGAGUACAAGAGACCAAUCACAAAAAUGUGUUUCUAGAGGAAGGGAAGACCUAUUGUAGGUCUAGAAACUGUAAAUCGACUUGACUUUGUGUCGCAACGAGGGGCGGGAAUGUGCCUUAGCUUCCGGUUUUAGGCCCGAUUUUGAGUGACAAUUAAAUGAACACGUGACAAUGAGGAAUGAACACACGUGUUUUGAGUCUUUCGCAUUAAGAACAGUUGAGUAAAUUUUUCUGUGUUUUAUGGUGUCGACUCCUCGACAGGGAAAUUAAUGGAGAACUAUGAUGAAUCGAAAUCUGAUACCAUGACGAAAUUGGGAGUGUUAUGUUUUACUUUGGAUUUAAAAGUAAUGUUUUUUGAAUUUAAACUUGUUUCCCAAAAUAAAAUAAUUUACUGUCUGGAGACAGCAGCCUAAGGACAGCUUUUUAUGUUGUGAUCAGCAGGUUAUAAAACAUAGCCAGUAUGCAGUUUUAUAGCAAGAAAAUAUUUUUGAUGUUACGUAUUAAUUUUAUAAAAUAUCUUCCUUUUAUAAUGGGCCGUUUCGUUGGAAUGAAGCAAAAAAUACUCGUUAGCGACAUUCCUCGGGUUCAGCGUAGUGUGCGAGAACAAGUUAAUAAGCUGUUAAAAGACUACAAAAACAAGAAAAACAAGGACGAACAAGCAAGUGGGAUCAAGCCUGAUCCACCAACAGAAAACGAAACAUUGCUUGAGUAGCGUUCAAUGAAAGUUGUGUCCGAUAGCCCGGGGCUAGUGGAUUUUGCAAUCAGGCUAUUGAAUUCUGUUCUUAACUUGCCCGAAGGGCAAGUGAAGUUUUUUGGGAAAUUCAAAUUAUGAAAAACAUUUUUGGGCUAGUUAAAAAGACUCUUGGGCUAGUCAUACUAGCAGCAACUUGCCCGAAUAGUAAGCCGUAAAACUGACUUUCUUUUCACCCUGUUGAGGAAAUAGUUGACACCAUGGAGUCAUUCAACAACACUUCGCGUAGGAAAUGCAAACGACAAAAACGAUGACCAGAAGAGGAACGAUGCACUUGCAUGUAGAGAUAAACCCAUGACUACAUGGGCGAAGGCUAGAACAAGUAGUGAAGCCUCUGCAACUUCAGGCUGAGCAGCAAAAAGAGCAAUUCAAAGUGAAACAAGAGCGGAUGAAGCAAAUGAUGCAAAGUCAAAUGAACACACAAAGCUUUAUUCUUGCUCUAGUACAAAAACGUACAAAGUGAUAACAUUUAAGAUUUUUUGUUGUUAGAGAGCUUGGUUAUUUUGCCAUCCCACACAUUCAAUUCAAAGGGGCGUUUUGCAGUUUUUGGAGUCUCUAAUAUGUUGCUUUGUUUCACAGCACCUUUAACAAACUGUUGCAUUUUUCUAUUAGUUAUCAGAAGAGUCCCCCAAAAUAAAUAAGCAUACGUGGUGAACUUUGUUUGGUAAAUUGUUGUAAGUAGAAACAAGGGAAAGGAUAACUUGUUUAUUGUUCAUGUUUUCCAUAAUACAGGAAUUUAAUAAUUUUUGCCAAAGUGGUCAUGAAAUUGUUAUUCCUUUGACAGUUUGGGUCCAUUAUCUUUUUCAUACAGGAAUUAAGUUAACAGUGAAUUGAAGUCACUGUAUUGGUUGAUAGUAAAGUUGUUGCACAUACCAUAGAUGAUUACCAUGGUUUACCAACUUCAGUGGAAAAUAAACUUCGUGUCAAUCAGAGUUUUCUGUGCCCUCCUUCACCGGUUCAGACCCCCUCCCUGACCCAACACCCGGCAAACAAAGACAACGCUGACCAGCGUUUUAAAAUUUGAUCAGUGCUUCAUAAGAACUUUAUAGGUUAUACUAAUUGGCCUCUUUGUCCUGGUUUCAAGAGAGCAUUUGUUUUAUUCUUUUUAAAGCCUUGCUGCUUUCUCUUUUAAAUUUCAUUUUGACAGACUGAAGACUCACCAGACACUAGCAAUGAACUUGUAUGAAAAAAAUAAAACCUGAAAUCCUGGAUUAGGUGUUUGAACAACCUAUUAUAUUUUGUCUGACUUGGCAUGGGCUCAGACAUUUCUACUUUAUAUACUAUGGUGCCAGUAGGCCAAAUUUUCUUGAACAAUUGGUGGAUCAAGUUGAAAAUGUGUUGAUGUUGUGUUACUAUAGAUGCAGGUGAGAAUAUUUCUAGACAGUGCCGAAACUAUAUACUGCUUUCCAAUUGCGCUUAAUCCUAACUUUACCUUUUUCUGGAAAUCUAUGAACUUGAAGGAGCUGGAGAUAUCGCCAAAUAGCCAUUUCACCGGGGUGUUACGAAAACUAAGACCCUCGAAAACUAAGACCUAAGACCUAAGACCCGUCUCAGUUUUCGAGAUUACGAAAACUACUGAAGAUCCCCUAAAAUCGACUCCGUCGAAAUAUGAAGUCAAAUUGUAACCGAAAUAGGUCUAAUCUAGCAAAUUAUCUUCUGUCCGAUUCUUUCCACCGAGUUUUAGGUCAAAUUUAACGGUAAAUUUAGGGGUCUUAGUUUUCUCAAUUUCGAAAACAAAGAUCCCCCUUAGUUUUCGUUAUUACGAAAACUAAGACCCCCUGCAAAACCAAUCCGUAAAAUAUAUAUGAAGCCGAAUUACGACCGUUCAAAGACUAUCCGUGAAACAACCAAAAACCUGAAAAACUAUCAUGUACGUGCUGACCAUCCGCUUCUUCUAAUAAUUUGCAGACCGUAUCAGUAUUUAGGCUUUAAAAAGAGGAUGAAAAGCCAUAAACUACCUUGUUACAAUUGUACCCUGAAAAUAUACCCCGCCGAUUGGUCUAUAAUUUUGAUUCUUUAAAAAUCGUAAAAUUGGCUUUCCACUGGAGAUGGAUUUUUGCCUUCAUGUCUCUGCGGCCGUGAUUGCAUUACCUAAAUAUCACCCAAGUGGUGUUUUGUUUUGAUCGUUUGUUUAUUUUAUUUUCUCUGAAAUUAAAAACGCAAAAUUUUCAAGAUGAUACUUUGCUAGUACGGGAAAUUCAUUCAUUUAUUAAUUUUAGCCAGUAUCCCUCACAGACUAUUUCUCCUUGCCCCCACCCUACCCCUCAACUACCCUGACAUUGUAACUUUUCGCUUGGUUUCCGGUGAUGUCCGGGGUGGCGUAUAGCAUAUACUCUUUUUUUUGCCCUUUUAAAGAAAGCAUUUUUCUGGCAAUGGCUUGGGCCUGGCCAGAAAAGGAAAAAAAAAAUUUUGUGUGAUGUUGAACCGAUAACGCCGUUGACCAUUAGUGCGACAAACGCAGACGGCAGACUUGCAGACUGGCAGGUAAACGAGGUAAACCUUGUUGUAGAAUGCUUCAACAGAUUCCCUAUCCCUCAAAGUUUAAGUCAUUUAAAACUCUAGUUUAGGAAUCUGUUGAAGCAUUUCACAACAAAUGUUUACCUCGUUUACCUGCCAGUCUGCAUUUGUCGCACACGGGAACGAAGUGGGUAAGAUGGGUCUCCAUAGAGACAUAGGACCUCCCCCCUUGGACUGUAAUCUUCUCUCAGUUUAAUAUGUUUGCGGUAGGCCAGCUUCUUUGAGCAUCCCUGCAUCGUGGCGCGCACCCUCCACCGGACCAUAACGAUUUGCUAUCAAACCUAUUGGCAGUGCUAUAGAUCGAAUUAUUAGCGCCUGAACACGCUCGUGCCCGUUGUAUACAAUGCGCUGUUUUUCUCCAGAGCGGCAUAUGGGGCGAACCGUGUCGUCAUUGAAACCAAAACAAUUGGUAAGUGGACUUCCUUGUCUUGUUAUAGCACGGGCGUAUUCUUGAAGGCAAUUAGGGGUGACAAAUGGCUGAUUCCAAGAGGUUAAACGAAACCCGUGUUCAUUAAAAACCCAAUCAAGUUCAGUGUUAGCCAUCAUGCACAGCUCUGGCACCGGACGUCCAAAAGUUGAAAUUAAAUCGAAAUAGCGGCAUGGGUAUGCUAAUUGUUUUAGCAGUAAACAAAGUCCUUCUAAGCCACUGCAAACUGUUCCCUGUGGGCACUUGAAACUCUCCGGAAUCCGCAAUGCGUUCAAUAAAAUCGGAAUAUCAUCCUUGGCCACUGUGAAGUGAGCUUCACACUCGCAAGAGUCGAACACAUCCAAACAGAAUGGAUCAAAAUUCCAGUCUGGAAAUGGGGGGAUUAACGGGUUGGUAAUAAUCGUAAAGAAUACUAAACUCUUCAUCAUCGAGAAAACCAUCGGCAUAAGCGAUUAAAAGGGUGUUCCUAACAUCUUGGAAAGACCUUUUCUUUUUCAAGUGCAGCCGCAGUCUAAGUCUUCGUUGUCACCAUCUUAACAUAAAACACCAGUCCAAUUUUCGCAGCCUUUUAGCAUAGUCGGCCCAUUCCACGCGUGGCUUGGACUCUCACGCCCAUAAGUAGUUCGUAGUCCGUAGUGACCGAAUGUUAAAGUCCCUAUUACCUGAGCACCACCGACUGAAGAUCUCGAUUAGAGCAUAUAUAGCUUUCGACGAAGGUUCGCUUGUUAAAACGUUCGCUUUUGUAACUCAGCAUAUGUUUUCUUUCCAGAUCAAUGAAAAUAUUAUUUCAUUAUAUACACACUCAGUGCUCUUUUUGAUUCAAGCAAUCUGAUUGGUUCGCUAUCUCGGAGUAUGACACUAUAUUCACCGCGCUAGGCGGUGAAUACAAAACAAAACAAGACGCUACGGAGCGUACACUUCGGCGUCGUGGUUGUCGAACCAAUUAACUGAAAAUGCGGAGGAAUUGUAAGAAAUCAAAUAUGGUAAGCGUAAGGUGUUAGCUUGUGACAUUAUGGGAUUUGUCAGCAUAUUUUGAAAAGAGCAACAUCCAAGAGGCCUACUUGCCAACAACUAGGAUUUCGGGACAAAUUAUCUCCGAGAUAUUAGCCCAGCUAUGCUCUGAUGACUCCAUACAAAUCCUUCUAAAAAAACAAUUCUCUAUUUUUCUUAGUCACAUCAGGCUUCAAAAAUAGCAUAGCAGUCUCAUGUACUGAUUAAAGAUAUGUAACGCAACGGUAAGGAGUCAGGGGCACCCAACGACAAUUUUCAGAAAAUAUCUGUCCGGAAGACGAUUUGAGAUCUAGAAUUUUCGGAACAUUUUUUCCAAAAUUUCUUGCUUGUCUGCCUCUCCUAGGAUUUUCGAAUAUCUAAAAAAUGGUAUAAUUGCCCAUUUUUAACUGAUUUUUACCCUAAAAGGGUCACCUACAAUUUUCGGGAGCCUUUUUUCUAGCUGAAAUUUUCGAAAAGGUAAGUUUUGAUCCCUAUAAUUUUCGAAUCACUAGACUUUCAGCUGGGAAAUCCGAACAGAUGAAAAAUUUUAGGGGAUAAAAAUAUGCCUAUAUCUACCGUUUUAAUACUAAAAUACGUUUAACAAUGCUAUGUUUAAGUAGUUUUGAACUAUAUUCUCGUUGGGUGCCCCUGAGGAGUCAAUUACGUUGAGCAUGGAAUUGGCUAAAACUCAAAGUCACGAGUUCGAAUGUUUUGAAGAUAAUUAUUCACUGACUAUCAGCACGUAGGAAUGUCGGAUUAACACAAGGAAGUUUAACACCAAAGGAACAUAGCCUUUAUAGAACUUUAAAACACAGCAUCCACCAACACAAACUUGACUUGAACUUUGAGUAAAACUAAACAGCCUCUACCAAUAAUAACAAACUGUCACUUGAACUUCAGAUAUCUUACGGCUUCCGCGAACUUGUAAACACAGAACCUGAAAAUCGACCUUCCUCACACUUGACUAAACACAGCAGUCCAGCUCGUGGGAAAAAACUUAGUUCGUCAAAAGAACUCGCUUGGAACUUAUACCGUUUGACAUAAGGUUCUAGAAAAUACUAAACAGGCGAAUAGUAGUAGCUUUUCGACAUAUUUUAUGAUUUCAGUAACUGAUGCAAAUCUGCUGACUCAUGCUGAAAUGUAAACAUACCCUAAUUAAUUAUUCAUGGAUAAUCCAAAAACGUAGAGAACGUUCGAGAAAGUCACGCAACGCAUGAAAGCAAUUUUACUACCGGUCAUACAUAUUACGAAAGUUAUUGAUGUUGGCAGAGUCUUGCUUUGGGUGAGCUCUGUUUGCUGGGACACAAAAUAAUAACAAACCCAUUAAGGGAUAUUUUGGCCACGGGAGUGGCCGUUUAUUGAAUUAAAGCAUAUAACGCUGGGAAAACCCGAUACACAAGAACAUUAUCCCAGCAAAGGUGAGGGCACACCCGCCACAGCCCAGAGCAAGGAACGAGUGAAAGGGCCGCCCCACCCGAGGCCAAAGCAAGACGAAAAAAAAAUGUACAAUGGAAAAAGGUGUGCGCCGCCUGAUACGAAAACCCGAAAAACCACAUGGGAAAAAUUGGGAACGUAUCCCCCAACCAAUGCAGUCACACAAAACCUCUGGGGGUUAAAGGUAAGAAAGAUACCACAUUAAAAAUAAAAAAUGUCAAUGUGCGAGAGCUGAGAUGAAUAUACAUGUAUUAUAAUCAUCCAGCCGUGUACAACUUACAACAAUAGAGUCAACUAGCGCCAUAACGGCUCAUGUGUGUUCAUAGCAAUACGACAUUGUAUACAUUCUUUGUCACUGUCACUUACAGCUUAGUUCCACUAGUUUAGUUCAGUGGAGGUUAUGCACGUAAACAUAUAGAAAUAGAAUGGUAAGGCUGUUUACCAAGCCCUGUUUACUGAAAUGGAUAAGUGUAACCAACAGAAAUGUACAAGUUUGAAUGACUGUGAGGGGUGUAUGGCCCUUGCUCACACUGUCAUUGUAUCUGACACAGAUCAAAAAGUGUGAAUCACUUAAGUUAACUAACAGUUUAAAAGUGAAAAUGAAUGAGAUAACUGUAUGGCCCUUGUUCACACAGCCAUCAUAAAUUGCACUUAUUCACUAAGCACUGGACACUAGAUGGGAAUGGAAUGGCCUACAUAAGUCUUGGAUACAGAAGUGGAUUGAUGUAACCAACAGAAACGGGCUACUGUAGCUAGAAUAAAGGAAAUAGCUGCAUAGCCUGUCAGCUCACACGGUCAACUUAUAAUAUCGGCCUCACUAAUGCCACAUCAAUACUAAGCUGUUAAAAAGCUGUAAAGUUAAACCAGGUUGAAAUGAUUAGAAGUGAAAAUUAAUUGAUAAGAUGGCUGUAUGGCCCCUGCUCACACAGUCACCAUGAAUAUAAAUGAUAACAAUGUAGGCUGAAUGGUCAUAGCUCAGUGACAUAAUGAAAUGAUUUAAUUUGAAAAACAGUGAUCUGGCUGUAUAGCCCCUGCUCCCACGGUCACACUGAAUUAUACAUAUCAAAAAGCUAAAAUGGCUCGUUAAUGUAACUGAUUAAAAUUAAAUCGGUAAGAUGGCUGUAUGGUCCCUGCUCACACAGUAAACAUGAAUUUAAAUAAUAACAAUUUACUCUAAAUUGUCAUAGCUCAGUGGCAUAAUGGACAGAUUAAAUUUGGAAAUCUGUGAUAUGGCUGUAAGGCCCCUGCUCACACAGUCAUGCAGAAUUAUACUUAUCAAAAGUCUGAAAUAGCUCACUGAUGUAGCUGAUUAAAAUAAAUCUGUGAGAUGGCUGUAUGGCCCCUGCUCACACAGUCACCUUGACUGAUACCAAUAAAAAGUCUGAGGUAACUCAUUGAUGUAACUGAUUCAAAUGAAAAUCUGUGAGAUGGCUGUAUGGCCCCUGUUCACACAGUCACCUUGAAACUAUACGAUAAGCAGAAAUCACCUAGGAAACUAACAGGUGAAUAAAGUGACAAAUACUGUAAGAUGGCCGAAUGAGCCUGACUCAUGUGGUGAGAAUUCUACAUAUCACAAUGUCACUGCCCACAUGUCCUGCACAUAAGUAUCAAAUGACAUUCAUGUCGUAUACACUUGAGCUACAUAUAUACCCAAUCACAAUGCCCAGCAAGCUAAAGUUGCCUGAGGAAAGUUUUGCCCAAGUAGAUGUACAUGUAGAUGCCACAUGCCAAGGGAUGCAGCAGCUGCUCUUGAGUAGCCCGGCACUAGAGAUGCAACUCCUGGAAAACUGAUCAGCAGAAUGUGUACAAUUCUUUGGAACAUUUCUGGCAUACUAUGUUGAACUGAAUUGAGGAACCAAAGAGAAUGCAGAGCUAUUGACUUUCUUAAGAGAGAUGCCAAGGGAAAGCUGAAGAUGGUUGGAUAAAGCCGGUUGGUACUCUGCCCAAGACUGGUUUCAUUGAAAAGGUGACGAAAGGGAGCUGCAUGUGUAUACCUUAGCACCUGCAAUAAAAUGAAAAAAACUAUAAAAACAACUUCUUUAAAAAGCCAGAAUGUGCUACCAUUAAAGAACAAUUGUGAAACCAAUUAAUAAAUCAAUCAGGAUCUCCCAAACAAAACGAAUUAACAGUAAAUUCCUCCAAAACAACAAAGCUAAAAGCAGUGAUGUGACGUGGAGAGUAGAGCAUAAAAAACGCAUAACAGUGUCCCAUCACAAUAAACACAGGACUGUAAUGUCCACACAUAUCAAAACAGGGGAGCCAACAAAACCGGAGAUUAAAAUUAAUCUAGCUGCAUGUAAACCAAAAUAACGGAUUGCACGAAUAAGUACUAAAAAAUAGACAUAAAAGGUGAAAAAUUUGAAUACAAAUUCAAACCAAAUAAUAUUGGCAUCUGGUUACCCUAGACAAAAAUAUAAACAAACAGAACCACACACAUAUCACUGCAAACAAAUCAAAUAAGCAGUACAAACAAAGUAACAGAGGCCUACAACAAUGAGGACCAAAGCCUCAAACUGAGGAACAUAGCCUCAAUAUAAAACAAUGAGGACAAAGCCUCAAUAUAAAACAUGAGGACAAAGCCUCAAAAUAAAAUAUGAGGACGAAGCCUCAAUAUAAAAAAAUGAGGACGAAGCCUCAAUAUAAAAUAUGAGGACAAAGGCUCAAAAUAAACAUGAGGACAAAACCUCAAAAUAAAAUAUGAGGACAAAGCCUCAAUAUAAAAGAUGAGGACAAAGCCUCAAAAUAAAAUAUGAGGACGAAGCCUCAAUAUAAAAUAUGAGGACAAAGCCUCAAAAUAAACAUGAGGACACAACCUCAACAAAAUGUGGACAAUGCCUAAAUACAAGUGGAGGAACAAAACCUCACACUGAAAAAACGGCCCAGAAGUAAGCACUGGCAGACAGAAUGUCGCCGACAGCGAGUAAAGGAAAACAACAGAACACAACGAUACACAAUGCAACAGGGUAAAAACACAAUAUGCAGACAAAACUGACAUAUGAACAGCAAACGAUAAACCCGAUAUGCUGACACAGUACACUGUACCUAUGAGGUAACUUUGUUAGAAUGGUUGCAAGGUAAUUUGACAUAUGAACAGCAAACGAUAAACCCGAUAUGCUGAUACAGUACAUUGUACCUCUGAGGUAACUUUGUUAGAAUGGUUGCAAGGUAAUUUCUAAAACCUUGUUAAAGUGUGGAAGGUAUGGUGCAUGCACGUUUUAGCCUGUAGGGUUUAAUAACGCAUCGUUUUGUUUGGCUUUGUUUUGUUGUUGUUGUUGUUGUUUUUUGAUAAUACUGUAAUUUUAAUUGUAGCUGAGUGCACAGGUCAAAAAUGCUCAAAUACUCAAAAUAAUUAUGAAUAAGUAAAGUGUCUUUCCAACUCAUAAAACAGCUAAGAUCAUAAACAAAGAGACCCAGCUCCAGGCUCGUAUGAAUAAAAAUUUCAACUGAAGAUCGGGCGAGUGUUACUGAUUUCAAAUAUAGCGCCAGUUGGCACCAGCGAUACAAGUAGCUGAAGGAACACGAGGCACAACCAGUCUGAGGGACAACGAAGUGCUACGGACACCGAACGGACUAGCAUACACGCCAGUGUAACUGAAAACAUUAAAAAUUAAUGGUCGAUUGGAUGUAGAAUUCGAAGUUACCAAUAAACAAUGGCAUUUCAUUAGCAUAAACGACCGUAACGUGUAUGAAUUCCCGCAAUCAACAAGACGAUCAUGUGCACGAACAUGACUGCGGACAUCAAUACAGCACCGAGAGUAAGCGGUGAGCCAUCGGGCAAUGAAUCUAGUACUUAUCUCAAAGAAGAGGUGAUGCUCGGUAGGUAAGACCUAAGAAGAGCAAAAGAGACUGAUAAAUCGCAAGCAUCCUGCAUCUAAAUCUGGUCGCCAUCAAAGAUGUUUCUCACUGUCUUGUAAUGCGAGGAAGGAGGCCUUGUGCCUCACUUCUGAGACUUACAAUACCCGUGACAUAAAUGACAUUUUCGUGACAAAUCACCCGGAUGACAGGAAACCCUCCUUUGCUGGUAGCUGAAGAAAUACAAUAAUGAUUAGUCACAUUCAGCAUAAAACCAUUUAUUUCAGAAAUAAAUAUCAUUUAUUCCUCGAGUAAUUAAAGACUAAACUCGAAGUGAUCUCAAGAUAUCGCGAAGUAGUCCGGUCUCAUUUCGUGAAAUAGUUGAAACAAGCCGAAAAGUCACGAACUUGCACGCCCAAUCUUGUCCCGACACUAGUGCAUCAUUUCAUAACUAUUUUUUUGGGGGGGUCGCAGUAGCGCAUUCGGCUAAUCCCUCAACUUAAGAGUCUCCUCUGAUCUGACGGGUCACACAGGUGAGUCGGUUCAAACCCCGGGAAAGCCAAAAUAAUAAUUCUUUCUCCUUCGAAAAAGUUAAAGAAUAAAUCAAAGAAAUCAAAGUGAUCUCGAGAUAUCUCGAACUAAUUCGGCUCUCACUUCGUCAAAUAGCCGAAUAGAACCGAAAACCUACAGACUUUGCUUGCCCAAUCUUGUCCAAAAAAUGCAACUUUGAUACAUUCCUGAGCGUCGCGAAUCCUUUACUUCGCGCUCCGCCGAAGUAACAAAAUCGCUGUCGUAAAAAUGGGUGUUUAGCCUGCGUAGCAAGCGUUUCCGUUUGGUUUCGGAGCAAAACAAGAUCGUGGAAGGGGACUUUCGGUUUUGACCGCGCGAGAAAUGAAACGAGAACCAAAAAAUGAAAGGGAGUAAAAACUCUUUGAAAAUACAAGAAUAUCCUAGUGUUGAUUAGUUUGAAGGUAAGAAAAGACUACAUGCUGUUUGAAAAGCGUGAUUUAUUGUGAAGUGAGUAAAUGUAGCUGACUUUUUAUACAUACGCUCAUGUUUACUACUACCGGGCAAAAUUAACGAGGCUGCCUUGUCACUGUUUUGUGAACUCGGGAUUUCGCGCGCAAUACUUAGUAUUGAGGAAAUCUCGUCCUCGUAGUCGUACUCGUCUUAGAAUCUAAAGGUCUCUAAUGUUUAUUUUAUUGGUAGCUAUGGUGACAAGACUCCAAAAUCCAUACUUGCUCGGGCAUAUGCUUCGCUGUGGAUGAUCGUCGGAUUGAUGUUAAUGUCACUCAUUACUGCCCAGGUCUCCUCGAUCAUCACCUCUGAAAACCUGCGCUCCUUGGAUGAAGAGUUUGGCAAAAAGGUACACUAG